GAUAAGAUACCUGCAUAAUACACUAGGGAUCUUUAGAAUUGGCAAAAUGUUUCCUGGAUACAGCGACGCGUACAUUGAACCGUCAUCUGCCCAAGAUGAAAGAUAUUCGUUCAUAGCUGAGUGGUAUGACCCGCAAGCAGCUCUUAUUCGACGGUACCAAUUUCUCUACUACCCAAAAGACAGCAGUAUUGAGAUGUUUGACAUCAAAAACCGUCGAAAAUUUCUCAGCCGAACAAAAUUCGAAUCUGUAAGGCUUGAAGAUCUCUAUAUUGGUAGUAAAGUGAGUAUUUAUUCUCGACAGUUGACAUUUGUUGAUUUUGGAGACCAGUUCACUGAAAGCAAGCUUAUCAGCAAAAAGGAAAAAACUUUCGCUUUGAUUAAGCCCGAUGCUACCUCUAAGUUAGGUGUAAUACUAAACGGUCUUCGAGACAGAAACAUAAAGGUCACAAAAGCUCAAAUGGUUCAAAUGACAAGAACAGAUGCUGUUAAAUUUUACGAUGAACACCAAUCGAAGCCUUACUUUAACUCCAUACUGGAAUACAUCACUAGUGGACCUGUUAUAGCCAUGGAAAUUGUGGGAUCUGGUGUGGUACAGAAAUGGUUAGAGAUGUUAGGACCAUCAGACCCAUCUGAGGCAAGAACAUCCAACCCAAAAAGUAUAAGAGCAAUGUUUGGCACAGAUGAAUUGAAAAACACAGCACAUGGUUCAAUCAAUGCAACAGCUGCAGCAAAAGAAUUAGAAUUUUUCUUCCCAUCUUCCGGUGCUGCCUUUGUCGGGACAGCAAAGUAUGAGAAUUCAACAUGCUGUGUUAUUAAGCCCCAUGCUGUAAAGGAAGGCUUGGUAGGAGACAUUAUCAGUGUAAUUAUGGAUGCUGGAUUUGACAUAACUGCUCUUAGCAUGCAAACUGUGCAGAAAGCAAACGCUGAAGAGUUUUAUGAAAUCUACAAAGGCGUUGUGGCGGAAUACAAAAGCAUGGUUGACGAGCUAUGUAAUGGUUCCUGUGUGGUUCUAGAAAUUUCUGGCAAUGACCAAGAUGUACCAUCAAAAUUUAGACAGCUGUGUGGGCCAUCGGACCCAGAAAUCGGCAGACACUUACGUCCGAAGACCCUCAGAGCAAUGUUCGGGAAAGAUGCCAUCCAAAAUGCAGUUCAUUGCACAGAUCUACCUGAAGACGGCAUACUGGAAGUCGAAUAUUUCUUCAGAAUCCUCUAACUUGAUUUAUUCUUAUGCAUUGUAUCAAUAAUAACUUGUAUAUGAACUUUAUUUUGA